CGCGGUGGCUGCCGGGAGCUCCCUCCCCCCCCACGGCGACCACAAGAACGACAAGAUGGCGGACGAGCUGCUGGAGCAAAACGAGGAGAUCGCCGACGUGGUGGAGGGGCUGCGCGGCUGCUGGGAGAGCGACAAACACUGGCGGGCGCGCAGGGACUUUCUGAUCAGGAACCUGUCCGACUACCAGAGCGAGGGCGAGAGCAUGGAAGACCUGGACGACCUAGUCGCGCUCUCCAUGGUCUGGUCCAAUCACGUCUUCAUGGGCUGCCGUUAUAAUGAUGACCUCAUGGAGAAGGUAUUGGAAAUGGCAGAUGGAGUUGAAAUUGAAGAUGCGCCACAGUUCACCACCAGAGAUGAGAUCAUGAAAGAGAGACGGUAGAAGUAUUAGCCACGACAGAGUUUUUUUUAAAGAGUUCCUGACGAAUGUUUCCAAAGAGGAAGCAUGCAAGUUGGAUGGGGACAUGGGGAUGAAUUGGGAAGAAAAGAAAGAAUGCUAAAUAAAUGUGCUGAGGCUGUUGUCUUCAAUGUGACAGAAUCAAAUUAAUUUACAGGUACCCAUAUCAAAUGGUAAAAAAUAAUAGUUUAAACAUUUGUGGUUUGCACAAAUAGUUGUAAAUGAUUAUUGACCACAGAGGCAGAGACAAUGCAUUUACUUUAUUUUCAUAUUGACAGAAAAUGGUUGUAUGUUUAAUGCAUCAAUUAAAUUUGUGACCAGUCUACUUUUUUUCGUCCUGUAUUGCAAGAAAAUUAAUAAUUUUUUUUUGAAUUGCCUGGUGCAGAUUAUUUUUCAAUGUUAUGGCAUGUGUGGACAUAAAGAAGGGAAGGCUAAAGACAUUUAUUUUAACUUCAUAGAUUGUUACUUUUUAAAUUGUAAACAGUCCAAAGAUUUUGUGAUCUCAGUAUCCCUUAUAUCGACUUGUUGUUAUAUUGUCUCCUUGGCAUAAAGAACAAACACUUUUUAUCUCCAUCUAAGCAUCGCUGGAUUUGCAUUCCCUCAAAAUUUGGGUGUGCAAAUCCCUAAAUUUUGUUUGGUUAAAGUCCAAAGAUUUGUAUUGUAGGAGCUGGAGGGGUGGAUGGAAUUUAGUGAUGAACACAAUAAUUCAAAGAACUAAUUGGGUUGCCCGUAGAUCGUCAAUACUUGACGCUCCAAUAUUGCCUGAUUAGUGCAUUUACCAUUUAAGAUUUUUGUAACGAUAAUGUCAACAUUUUAAAUCUUGGGGCCCAGUUUAGAAUUAACUCCUUUUGUAAGUUUGUUUCCUUAUUUGAUACUAGCCCUAUGGAAUUUGUAGAAAACAAGAGAUGUUUAUGUGUAAUUCUGUUAUUCUUGUUGUUGUUUUCAAUAAUGACUCGCGUACACUAUCAAUUUUGAUUUUUGUACAACAUCUCUUUCAAUUUGGGUAAUAUUUUGACUGGUUGUUUUUGAAAUUGUUACUGUUUUGUUGGACAUACGCCGGAACAAGAUCUUUUUGUACGAUGGUAAAAUGCAAUAAAUAGACAUCUUGAACAAA